AUGGCUAAACGCUCUUUUGUUGCGGAGCCAGGUGACCCAAUUCCAUAUCCGCGAAAAAAACGGUAUCGUCCAGGGACGAUUGCUCUUCGAGAAAUCAGAAAAUACCAAAAAACGACGGACCUGUUAAUCCAACGGCUUCCAUUCGCCAGACUUGUCCGUGAAAUCUCAUCUGAAUUUGUCGCAAACUUUGCAACCGACAUCGGCUUGCGUUGGCAGUCAACUGCAAUUCAGUGCCUCCAGGAAGCUGCAGAGGCUUUCCUCGUGCAUCUCUUUGAGGACACGAAUCUGUGUGCCAUUCAUGCAAAACGCGUAACAAUUAUGCAACGAGACAUGCAACUUGCUCGACGUAUUCGAGGAUCCUAA